GUCCCCAUGAUAGUGAAAGCUCUUCACAAGCAGCUGAAGGAGAAAAGUGUCAAAACUCGUCAGUGUUGUUUCAACAUGUUGACUGAGCUGGUGAACGUCCUCCCCGGAGCCCUGACCUCCCACAUCCCAGUACUAAUACCCGGUAUCAUCUUCUCUCUGAACGAUAAGUCGAGCAGCUCCAACCUAAAAAUCGACGCCUUGGCCUGCCUCCACGUCAUCAUGGUCACACACCCCGCUCACGCCUUCCACGCUCACGUCCCCGCACUCGUCCCGCCCGUGGUGGCGUGCGUGGGAGACCCCUUUUACAAGAUCACCUCUGAGGCUCUGCUCGUCACUCAGCAGCUCGUCAAGGUGAUCCGACCUCUGGACAACCAAUCAGAGAGCGCUGAGAGUUUUGACCCCUCCCCUUACAUCAACGACCUGUUCACCUGCACAAUCAAACGCCUGAAAGCCGCCGACAUCGACCAGGAGGUCAAAGAGCGAGCCAUCUCCUGCAUGGGACAGAUCAUCUGUAACCUAGGUGACCGACUGCCGGCCGAACUUCCUGGAACGCUGCUGAUCUUCUUGGAGCGCCUGAAGAACGAGAUCACCCGACUGACGACGGUGAAAGCUCUGACGCUGAUCGCCGGCUCUCCGCUGAAAAUCGAUCUGAGGCCGGUCCUCCCCGACGCCGUUCCCAUCCUCGCCUCCUUUCUCCGCAAGAACCAGCGCGCCCUGAAGCUCUGCACGCUGGCCGCUCUGGACAUCCUGCUCAGAAACUACAGCUCCGCGGUGACUCCCGUCAUGGUGGACGCCGUGCUGGCCGAGCUGCCUCCUCUCAUCUCAGAGAGCGACAUGCACGUGUCUCAGAUGGCGCUGAGCUUCCUGUCCACGCUGGCGGUGACUCACCCGUCCUCGCUGGGUCAGCUGAGCGGAGGGAACAUCAUGCAGCAGCUCAUCGCGCUGGUACGAUCCCCGCUGCUGCAGGGCGGAGCGCUCGCCGCCAUGCUGGACUUCUACCAGGCUCUGGUGGCGACAGAGACUCCUGGUCUGGGUUACAUGGACCUGCUGAGGAUGCUGACGGGUCCCGUUUACUCCCAGAGUGCCGCUCUGCCUCACAAACAGGCCUACUGCUCCAUUGCCAAGUGCGUCGCCGCUCUGACCCGAGCCUGUCCCAACGAGGGACCCGCUGUGGUCGGACAGUUCAUCCAG